UCGCGCUGCUGCAUAACGAGGUUUAGUUUCCUCCUCCUCCUCCUUAUAGGUGCUUAUGCGUCCCUUUUAUGCGUAUAGUGUUUUCACCUUCAUAUUGUUUUGAUUGGAAUGUUGUAAAGAUUGGGAUAGGUGUAAAAUGCCGACGGAGUCAGGGUUAAAGCUUAAGCUGAACAAGAAGCUCAAGAUUGCAUCGAGCACUUCUACGAACACUAGGAGGAGUAGGAAUUCUGAAAUUUCAUCGGACAAAGACAGGUCUCACACGAGGGAGAAUGGAUCAAAGGGAGACUUGAGAAAAAAGGGUAGAACUAAAGAAGCUCGAUCAGGUGAAGUUGGGCGUGAUGGGAGGUUUGUUGAGGGAGAGAAGACGAGACAAUUGAAUUUUAAUGGAAGAAAGAAGAGAGUAUAUGCAGAGGAGGAAACGGGACAAAAUGCAGAGUUAUACAAUGUUACUCAAGCAUCGAAGAAGAAGGUUUUUUUAAAGAAAGGGGAGAAGAAGAUGAAAGAGGGAUACGUCUCGGAAGUAAAAAAUAACAUUCUCAAAGUGAAGGUCAAGAAGGAACGUGAUAAAUUACCAAAAUUUCAACGGAGAGCCAAUGCAAAGGAGGCGUGUAAGGAACUUGUUAUGACUGAUGGCAGUGGAGCUAGCUUCACGAAAAAGCAUACAGAACAGAAAUCUGAAUUUAGCAAGGAUAAAAGCCAAAAUGUUGUGCUUCCUUCCAGUUCCGCCAAGAAAAAAGCUCGAGCUAAAGCCAAGGUGGAUGAUGAUGUAGAAAUAACAAAUGAGCAGCCAAAGAAGAGAAAAAGAGUAAUUAAGAUUGACCCGUAUGAUAUCUCAAACAAGCGACUAGAUGAUGGCAUUGUCAUAAGCGGAAUUGCAAAAGAAAAGAAAAAGGAGCCCGAGGAAAACCUUGUAAUGUCCAAGAAUGCACAAUUUCGUGCAAUACAACCUUGCCCUUCAAUUCUUUCAUUUGUGGAAAACAAUCUGUUGGGGCGGAGACGCUCGAUUGAGAUUAGAAGAGCAGGCUACAAUAUUGACCUUUCUGCACCCUUAGAUAAUGUCCCCUUCUCAACCAGCUUAGAAAGAGAGAGAAUAGAAGACAGUAUAUUUAGGAAUAAAUUGGAAUUUUUUGCUGCUGCGAAGAUUUCAUCUUCAUUUCCACCUCCAAAUCUUCCUGAGAUUGCAUUCGCUGGAAGGUCAAAUGUUGGGAAGUCAUCUCUUCUUAAUGCACUCACCAGACAAUGGGGGGUUGUAAGGACGUCAGACAAGCCUGGCCUUACUCAGACCAUUAAUUUCUUUAAGCUGGGAACGAAGCUUUGCUUAGUGGAUUUGCCAGGAUAUGGAUUUGCAUAUGCAAAAGAAGAAGUGAAAGAAGCAUGGGAAGAACUUGUCAAGGAGUAUGUUUCCACGAGGGUUGGCCUCAAACGAGUAUGCCUAUUAAUCGAUACAAAAUGGGGCAUGAAGCCAAGGGAUCAUGAACUUGUUGACUUGAUGGAAAGAUCACAGACUAAAUACCAGGUUGUGCUAACUAAAACAGAUAUGGUAUUCCCAAUUGAUGUGGCACGCCGUGCCAUGCAAAUUGAAGAGAGCCUCAAGGAGAACAAGUCUGUAGUUCAGCCUACGAUGAUGGUGAGUUCAAAGUCUGGAGCCGGCAUUCGAACUUUAAGAACUGUUCUGUCAAAGAUAGCACGAGUUGCUAAACUAUAGAGGAAGGCGGUGUCCUCAACCUCAAGCUUGAUUCCUUCGCAAUGAAUUUGACAGGCUUCUUGACGAAAGAAAAUAUAUAGGGCUAAUGGUCUCUCACUUCUGCCUAAUCUGCACUCAAUUGCAUUCAAUUUAGCUUUCAUAUUAAUUUACUGGAAAUCGCCUCUUAUUGAUUCAGCUUUGGAUCUGAAGCAUCACUUAGACAUUCAAGAUAGAGAAUUCGUUUUUCAAGUUGAAACUUCAUUUGAGCUCCUUUUCACUAUUCACUGGUAGGAUAGUAACCCCAGGCGAUGCAUUGGUAGAGAUUGUUUUGAUGGAAUAUAUACUGGUUCAAAUUAUUGUUUUCCUAAUUUUAAUUGCCCCGUGGGUGUGUGUGUAACCUAUGGGAAACUGCUGUUCACAGUCAAUGAGUGCAACCUCGGGCUCACGGGGCCAAGAUCUAGUUAUCAUUAUAAAGUCUUAUUUUGCUGCAA